AGUAUUAAAGAUUUAAGGGACUAAGAUCUAAAUAAAAAAACCUUUUUUCUCCGUGUUCUCUCUUCCCAAAACCGCCUCCCUCUUUUCGCAUGAAAACGGCGAUACUUCGAGAAGAAUAAGAAGCUCGAUGAGGAGCUUUUAAACACCAACUUUUCAAGAGUUGUAUCAUUUUGUUCCUAGAGUGUCAGCAUUGAAGGAUCAGUUGGUAAUAUCAGUUAUCAGCAUGGUAGUACCAUCCACCUCCGGUGAUAGCAACAACACCACCAACACAUCUCCUCUCGUUGCUCACCUGAGGAAGCUUCUAAUGCGCCGGAUGCUCAUCGGAGUGAGCGACGGGAGAUUUUUUCUUGGGGUCCUGCACUGCAUCGACAAGCAAGGCAAUAUCAUCCUACAAGAUGCAGUAGAAUACUGCAGAUCCAUGGAGCAGCAGCGGUGCCUCGGCCUCAUUCUAAUUCCGGCUUCCUGCCGCUCCACCUGUCAUGUUGAAUGUUCUAUAGAUGAGCAGAUAUCUCUCCUAUCACUUCAGGAUUGAGCUCAGGGAUUGAGUUGUGUUAUGUUUAUUUGUGAUAUUUUGAUGAAAAACAUCAGGAAUAUGUUAGUAGAAAGGUUUUGAUGUUUUCUGUAGCUCGUUGCGGUUUUUGAUUUUGUUCAUUCAGGCGGAGACUCUGUGACAUUUUCUUUCUUAUGGAUAUUGAUAUUUAUCUUUUCUGUGGUCU